AUGACUUCUUGCUGCGUGCUCCAGAUCACCGGGCUGAUUUUGGGCGGCGUGGGCAUGGUGGGCACCCUGGCAGCCACGGCCAUGCCCCAGUGGAGGGUCUCUGCCUACGUGGACGGCAACAUCGUGGUGUUUGAGACCGUCUGGGAGGGGCUGUGGAUGGACUGCGUCAGCCAGCUGGGCAUCAGGCUGCAGUGCAAGUUCUACGACUCGGCGCUGGCGCUGCCGCCGCCGCUCGAGGCUUUCCGGGCUCUCAUGUGCCUGGCCGUGGGGCUGGCCGUCCUCUCCUUCCUGGCGGCCAUCGCGGGCGUCAAGUACACCCAGCGCAGCGAGGACGGGCCCGGGGCCGCCAGCGCCUUCCUCCUGGCGGCCGGAGCCGCCUUCCUGCUCGCGGGCACGCUGGCGCUGAUCCCGGUGUCCUGGACCGGGGGCAGCAUCGUCCGGGAUUUCUACGACCCCCGGGUGCCCGCGCCGCUGAAACGGGAGCUGGGAGCUGCCCUGUUCGUGGGCUGGGCCAGCAGCGGCCUGCUGCUGGCCGCUGGAGCCAUGUACUGUCACUGCUGGUGCCGGGCCGGCACGGCCGCCAGCCCCGGGCGCCCUUGGCCGGCCCGGGCAGGAGGGUUGGCCAGGGGUGGCCAUGCCUACGUGUAG